GGGAUACAGCUAGGGAGAAAUAAUUAAGAAAGAAAAAGCGCAUCCCACCACCAACAUCCAAACUUCACGUAAGGCUAGGGGAAUGAGUUACUCAGUACCCGAAGACCCUUAUUUUUCCUCCAAUUUCUGUUCAACCAUGGCUUCCCCCAGCAUCCAGAGACCCUCUUCUUCUUCCACUUCUCACUCUCAGUGGAGCUACGAUGUGUUUUUGAGUUUUAGAGGUGAAGAUACUCGCAAAAGCUUUACUGAUCACCUCUACUCGGCUUUGAUUCGUAACAAUAUUCAUACCUUCAGAGAUGAUGAAGAGCUUCCAAGGGGAGAAGAGAUUGCACCAGAGCUCUUAAAAGCUAUUGAAGAAUCAAGGAUUGCCAUUAUUGUUUUCUCAAAAACCUAUGCUCAUUCCAAAUGGUGUCUGGACGAGCUUGUCAAGAUCAUGGAAUGCAAAGAGGAAAGGGGACAAAUAGUUAUCCCAAUUUUCUAUAAUGUGGAUCCGUCUGAAGUUCGGAAGCAAACUGGGAUUUGUGGAGAAGCAUUUACCCGUCAUGAGGAAAAUGCAGACGAGGAGAGAAAGGAAAAGAUAAGGAAAUGGAGGACUGCCAUGGAGCAAGCAGGCAAUCUAGCCGGACAUGUUGCGGAGAACAGGUAUGAGUCAACGCUUAUUGAUGAAAUUAUUGAGAACGUUCAUGGAAACUUACCUAAGAUUUUAGGUGUUAACGAGAACAUUGUUGGAAUGGAUUCUCGUUUGGAAAAACUAAUAUCAUUGUUAAAGAUUGAGUCGAAUGAUGUUCGCAUGGUCGGGGUUUAUGGUCUUGGUGGAAUCGGUAAGACUACCAUCAUCAAUGCUCUUUAUAACCAAAUCUCACAUCAAUUCGAAAGUGUUAGCUUGCUCACAAAUGUCAGGAAAGAAUCCACAAAAAAUUCUGGUCUUCUUAAGUUACAACAAAAGCUUCUUGAUGAUACUCUAAGGACAAAGGGGCAAAUAGUUUUAAAGAAUGUUUAUGAAGGUAUCAAAAUAAUAAGGGAUAAGCUUUCCUCAAAAAAGGUUCUUGUUUUUUUGGAUGAUGUAGAUGAGCUGACACAAUUAGAACACUUGAUUGGAAAGCAUAAUUGGUUUGGUCCAGGAAGUAGAAUCAUCAUUACUACUAGGAAAAAAGAUUUGCUAACUAGGCAUGAAGUGAAUGAUAUAUAUGAAGUUAAGAAAUUAAAUUUUCACGAAGCUCUUCAACUUUUUUGUCGUUAUGCCUUUAAACAACAUCAUCUGAAGGAAGGUUAUGCAGAUCUCUCUCAUCAAGUAGUACGAUAUGCUGAUGGUCUUCCAUUAGCACUUAAAGUUUUGGGUUCUCUAUUAUUUGGAAAGAGACUACCAAAUUGGAAAAGCGAAUUGCGGAAGCUGGAAAAGGUGCCUAACAUGGAAAUUGUAAAUGUGCUUAAAAUAAGUUUUGAUGGAUUGGAUUAUACACAAAGGAUGAUAUUUCUCGACAUUGCAUGUUUCUUUAAAGGAGGUGAUGUGGAAAUAGUUUCAAGAAUAUUGGAUGGUUCCGAAUUCAAUGCGGAAAGUGGAAUAAAUGCUCUCGUUGAUAGGUGUUUCAUAACCAUUUCAAAGGACAAGACAAUAGAGAUGCAUGAUUUGUUAGCCCAAAUGGGCAAGGGCAUUGUUGAUGAAGAAUGUCCUAAUGAGCCAGGAGAGAGGAGCAGAUUAUGGAGGCAUACAGAUAUUUAUCGAGUAUUAAAAAGAAAUACGGGGACUGAAAAAAUUGAAGGGAUAUUCCUUGAUGUGGACAAAUCAGAACAGAUACAGUUUACAUGCAAAGCUUUCGAAAGGAUGAAUAGACUUAGAUUGCUUGUCGUCUCCCACAAUCGCAUACAACUUCCUGAAGAUUUUGUAUUUUCGUCUGAUGACUUGACAUGUCUCAGUUGGGAUGGAUAUUCUUUAGAAUCUCUACCAUCAAACUUUCAUCCAAAUGAUCUUGCUCUCCUCAAAUUGAGCAAUAGUAACAUAAAACUACUUUGGAAAGGAAACAUGUGUCUUAGAAAUUUAAGGUACAUCGAUCUCAGUCAUUCACAACAGCUUAUUGAAUUACCAAAUUUCUCAAACGUGCCAAAUUUGGAGGAACUUAUUCUUUCAGGGUGUGUAAGCCUCGAGAGUCUUCCUGGGGACAUUCAUAAGUUGAAGCACCUUUUAACUCUUCAUUGCAGUGGCUGUUCAAAACUAACUAGUUUUCCAAAAAUCAAGUGCAACAUUGGAAAACUAGAGGUGCUUAGUUUAGAUGAAACAGCUAUUAAAGAGCUACCAUCAUCGAUUGAACUUCUAGAAGGUCUUCGCAACUUGUAUUUGGACAAUUGUAAAAACCUUGAGGGUCUCCCGAACAGCAUUUGUAAUUUGAGAUUUCUUGAAGUUCUAAGUCUUGAAGGCUGCUCAAAACUUGACAGAUUGCCAGAGGACCUGGAGAGAAUGCCAUGUCUAGAGGUUCUUUCUUUAAAUUCGCUCAGUUGUCAAUUGCCUUCUUUGUCAGGUUUAUCUCUCUUAAGGGAACUAUAUUUAGAUCAAUGCAAUCUAACACCAGGAGUAAUAAAGAGUGAUAACUGCUUGAACGCAUUGAAAGAAUUAAGGCUAAGAAACUGCAAUCUAAAUGGAGGAGUCUUCCAUUGUAUUUUCCAUCUAUCCUCACUGGAAGUAUUAGAUCUAAGUCGGUCCAAUCCAGAGGAAGGAGGAACCCUCAGUGACAUACUUGUGGGUAUCAGUCAACUCUCUAACCUUAGAGCCCUUGACUUGAGUCACUGCAUGAAGCUUUCACAAAUUCCAGAGCUUCCUUCAAGUCUGCGACUGUUAGAUAUGCACAGCUCCAUUGGGACCUCAUUGCCACCUAUGCAUUCUUUGGUGAAUUGCCUCAAAUCAGCAAGUCAGGAUUUGAAACACGAGAGCAAUUCAAAUGGAGUAUUUCUCGCUGAUUCUCACUACAAUGACCAUGGAAUCUGUAUUGUUGUUCCGGGAAGCAGUGGAAUUCCCAAGUGGAUAAGGAAUCAGAGAGAGGGAUAUCAGACCACAAUGGAGCUUCCUCUGAAUUGUAAUGAAAAUGAUGACUUCUUGGGAAUUGCUAUAUGCUUUGUUUAUGCUCCACUUGAUGAAUGUGAGGACAUACCAGAAAAUGAUUUGGCACAUACAUCCGAGAAUGAAUCUGGUGACGAAGCCCUAAAUGAAUAUGAUGAUUUACUUGAAGCUGAAUCUUCAAUCUCCACUGAGUUAAAAUGUCAAUUGUCAUUGAGUGAAGUACAUGGAUUUUCUUCCCUACGUGUGCGACAUCUCAGUUUUCGCACUGCUUGUAAAUGCUACCAUAAUGGAGGUGUAUCAGAACAAAUGUGGGUGAUAUUCUAUCCCAAGGCUGCUAUUCUGGAGAGCUGUCACACCAAUCGAUUCAUGUGUCUUGAGGCUCUAUUUAUGGGCUCUCGCAAUCAUUUUAAGGUGGUCAAGUGUGGGCUCCAACCUAUAUACGCCCAAGAUCCAAUAGUACAGACUGGGGAUGUGGAUGCUAGCUGCUUGGAAUGUCAGAGGAACGUGGAACACCGACGGCUUUGUUUAAAGGGUCAGACAAUCAGCCUACUACCCAUUGAGCGUGCCUCUGAAUUUGAUACCUUAUGUUUGCGAGAGUGCAAAAACCUUGAGAGUCUGCCAACAAGCAUUUGGGAGUUCAAAUCCCUUAAAUCUCUCUUUUGCUCUCACUGUUCACAAUUACAAUACUUUCCAGAAGUCUUGGAGAAUAUAGAAAACUUAAGGGAGCUUCACUUGAAUGAAACGGCUAUAAAAGAGCUACCAUCAUCAAUCGAACAUUUGAAUAGGCUUGAAGUUUUGAAUCUGGAUGGCUGCAAAAACCUUGUGACUCUUCCAGAAAGCAUUUCUAAUUUAUGCUUUCUUGAAGUUCUCGAUGUCAGUUACUGUUCAAAACUCCACAAAUUGCCACAAAACCUGGGGAGGCUGCAAAGCUUGAAGCAUCUCCAUGCUUGUGGCUUAAAUUCAACAUGUUGCCAAUUGCUUUCUUUGUCAGGUUUAUGCUCCUUAGAGAAGUUAAUUCUACAUGGGUCAAAGCUAAUGCAAGGAGAAAUCCUGAGUGAUAUUUGCUGCUUGUACUCGUUGAAAGCGUUAGAUCUAUCUUUCUGCAGUAUAGAUGAAGGAGGAAUCCCCACCGAAAUUUGCCACCUAUCGUCUCUGCGACAAUUACUGCUAUUCGGGAAUCUUUUUAGGAGCAUACCUGCUGGGGUCAAUCAACUUUCUAUGCUGAGACUCCUUGACUUGGGUCACUGUCAAGAGCUUCGACAAAUUCCAGCGCUUCCAUCCAGUUUGCGUGUCUUAGAUGUACAUGAGUGCACACGGCUGGAAACUUCUUCAGGUCUACUCUGGUCUUCUCUAUUCAACUGCUUCAAAUCAGUGAUUCAGGAUUUUGAAUGCGAGAUUUAUCCUAGAGAAAAACGUUUUACCCGAGUAAAUCUUAUUAUUUCAGUAAGUUGUGGAAUGCCAAAAUGGAUAAGCCAUCGCAAAAAGGGAGCUAAAGUAGUAGCAAAGCUUCCUCAAAAUUGGUAUAAAAAUAACGACUUGUUGGGUUUUGUUUUGUACUCUCUCUAUGAUCCACUUGAUAAUGAAUCUGAGGAGACACUGGAGAAUGAAGCAACUUACUUCGAGUAUGGUUUGACUUUGUGUGGUCAUAAAAUUCAGUUUGUGGAUAAACUCUCGUUUUAUCCCUCGUGUCAAUGCUAUGAUGUUCUACGAAAAAUGUGGAUGACUUAUUAUCCGAAGGUGGAGAUUGUGAAGAAGUACCCCUCAAAUAAAUGGAGGCAGUUGACAGCUUCAUUUUGUGGCUUCUCACGUGGUAAAGCAAUGAAAGUGGAAGAGUGUGGGAUCCAUCUUAUAUAUGCCCAUGAUCAUGAAAAGAACAAUGGUAAAGCAAUGAUACCCACCAUUUGCCGGGAAUGUCAAGAGGAUGUGCAAUCCCGACGGAAGCUUUGUUUAAAGGGAAAUGCCAUCAAUGAACUGCCCACUAUUGAGUGUCCCCCUAAACUUAAUAGCUUAUGUUUGCGAGAAUGCAAAAACCUUGAGCGUCUUCCCAGUAGCAUUUGUGAGUUGAAAUCCCUUACAACUCUCUUCUGCUCAGGCUGUUUACGAUUAAGGAGCUUUCCGGAAAUCAUUGAGGAUGUGGAAAAUUUAAGAGAGCUUCAUUUAGAUGGAACUGCUAUAGAAGAACUACCAACAUCAAUUCAAUAUUUAAGAGGGCUUCAAUAUUUGAAUCUUGCAGAAUGCACCAACCUUGUGAGUCUUCCAGAAAGCAUUUGUAAUUUGAGUUCUCUCAAAAUUCUAAAUGUCAGUUUCUGUACAAAACUUGAGAAAUUUCCCGAGAACCUGAGGAGUUUGCAAUGUUUAGAGGGUUUGCACGCUUCAGGUCUAAAUCUAAGCAUGGACUGUUUUAGUAGCAUACUUGCAGGCAUCAUUCAACUUUCUAAACUGAGAGUCCUUGAAUUGAGUCACUGCCAGGGGCUUCUACAAGUUCCAGAGCUUCCACCAAGUUUACGAGUUCUAGAUGUCCACAGUUGCACAUGUUUGGAAUCUUUAUCAAGUCCAUCGAGUCUACUUGGUGUUUCUCUGUUCAAAUGCUUUAAAUCAACAAUUGAGGAUUUGAAACACAAGAAGAGUUCAAAUGGAGUAUUUCUCGCUAAUUCCAACUACAUUGGCGAUGGAGUCUGUAUUGUUGUUCCGGGAAGCAAUGGAAUUCCCAAAUGGAUAAGGAAUCAGAGAGAAAGACAUCACAUCACAAUAGAGCUUCCUCAGAAUUGUUAUGAAAAUGAUGACUUCUUGGGAAUUGCUAUAUGCUUCGUUUAUGCUCCACUCGAUGAAUGUGAAAAUGAUUUUGCACAUGCAUCGGAGAAUGAAUCUGGCGACGAAGCCCUGAAUGAAUCUGAUGAUUUACUUGAAGCUGAAUCUUCAAUCUCCACUGAGUUAGAAUGUCAAUUGUCAUUGUAUGAUAGAAAUAAAUUUUCUUCCAUGUGUGUGCGACAUCUCAGUUUUCGCACUACUUGUAAAUGCUACCACGAUGGAGGUGUAUCAGAACAAAUGUGGGUGAUAUUCUAUCCCAAGGCUGCUAUUCUGGAGAGCUGUCACACCAAUCCAUUCAUGUUUCUUGGGGCUCUAUUUAAGGACUCUGGCAAUCAUUUUAAGGUGCUUAAGUGUGGGCUCCAACCUAUAUACGCCCAAGAUCCAAUAGUACAGACUGGGGAUGUGGAUGCUAGCUGCUUGGAAUGUCAGAGGAACGUGGAACACCGAAAGCUUUGUUUAAAGGGUCAGACAAUAAGCCUACUACCCAUUGAGCGUGCCUCUGAAUUUGAUACCUUAUGUUUGCGAGAGUGCAAAAACCUUGAGAGUCUGCCAACAAGCAUUUGGGAGUUCAAAUCCCUAAAAUCUCUCUUUUGCUCUCACUGUUCACAAUUACAGUACUUUCCAGAAAUCUUGGAGAAUAUGGAAAACUUAAGGGUGCUUCAUUUGAACAAAACGGCUAUAAAAGAGCUCCCAUCAUCAAUCAAACAUUUGAAUAGGCUUGAAGUUUUGAAUCUGAACGGCUGCAAAAACCUUGUGACUCUUCCAGAAAGCAUUUGUGAUUUAUGCUUUCUUGAAGUUCUCGAUGUCGGUUACUGUUCAAAACUCCACAAAUUGCCACAAAACCUGGGGAGGCUGCAAAGCUUGAAGCAUCUCCGUGCUUGUGGCUUAAAUUCAACAUGUUGCCAAUUGCUUUCUUUGUCAGGUUUAUGCUCCUUAGAGAAGCUAAUUCUACAUGGGUCAAAGCUAAUGCAAGGAGAAAUCCUGAGUGAUAUUUGCUGCUUGUACUCGUUGGAAGUGUUAAAUCUAUCUUGCUGCAGUAUAGAUGAAGGAGGAAUCCCCACCGAAAUUUGCCACCUAUCAUCUCUGCGACAAUUACUGCUAAUCGGGAAUCUUUUUAGGAGCAUACCUGCUGGGGUCAAUCAACUUUCUAUGCUGAGACUCCUUGACUUGGGUCACUGUCAAGAGCUUCGACAAAUUCCAGCGCUUCCAUCCAGUUUGCGUGUCUUAGAUGUACAUGGGUGCACACGGCUGGAUACUUCUUCAGGUCUACUCUGGUCUUCUCUAUUCAACUGCUUCAAAUCAGUGAUUCAGGAUUUUGAAUGCAAGAUUUAUCCUAGAGAAAAACGUUUUACCCGAGUAAAUCUUAUUAUUUCAGUAAGUUGUGGAAUGCCAAAAUGGAUAAGCCAUCACAAAAAGGGAGCUAAAGUAGUAGCAAAGCUUCCUCAAAAUUGGUAUAAAAAUAACGACUUGUUGGGUUUUGUUUUGUACUCUCUCUAUGAUCCACUUGAUAAUGAAUCUGAGGAGACACUGGAGAAUGAUGCAACUUACUUCAAGUAUGGUUUGACUUUGCGUGGUCAUAAAAUUCAGUUUGUGGAUGAACUCCAGUUUUAUCCCUCGUGUCAAUGCUAUGAUGUUGUACCAAAAAUGUGGAUGACUUAUUAUCCGAAGGUGGAGAUUGUGAAGAAGUACCCCUCAAAUAAAUGGAGGCAGUUGACAGCUUCAUUUUGUGGCUUCUCACGUGGUAAAGCAAUGAAAGUGGAAGAGUGUGGGAUCCAUCUUAUAUAUGCCCAUGAUCAUGAAAAGAACAAUGGUAAAGCAAUGAUACCCACCAUUUGCCGGGAAUGUCAAGAAGAUGUGCAAUCCCGACGGAAGCUUUGUUUAAAGGGAAAUGCCAUCAAUGAACUACCCACUAUUGAGUGUCCCUUAGAACUUGAUAGCUUAUGUUUGCGAGAAUGCAAAAACCUUGAGCGUCUUCCCAGUAGCAUAUGUGAGUUUAAAUCCCUUACAACUCUCUUCUGCUCAGGAUGUUCAGGAUUAAGGAGCUUUCCGGAAAUCCUUGAGGAUGUGGAAAAUUUAAGAGAGCUUCAUUUAGAUGGAACUGCUAUAGAAGAACUACCAGCAUCAAUUCAAUAUUUAAGAGGGCUUCAAUAUUUGAAUCUUUCAGAUUGCACCGACCUUGUGAGUCUUCCAGAAAGCAUUUGUAAUUUGAGUUCUCUCAAAAUUCUAAAUGUCAGUUUCUGUACAAAACUUGAGAAAUUUCCUGAGAACCUGAGGAGUUUGCAAUGUUUAGAGGAUUUGUCCGCUUCAGGUCUAAAUCUAGGCAUGGACUGUUUUAGUAGCAUACUUGCAGGCAUCAUUCAACUUUCUAAACUGAGAGUCCUUGACUUGAGUCACUGCCAGGGGCUUCUACAAGCUCCCGAGCUUCCGCCAAGUUUACGAUAUCUAGAUGUCCACAGUUUGACAUGCUUGGAAACUUUAUCAAGUCCAUCAAGUCUACUUGGUGUUUUUCUGUUCAAAUGCUUUAAAUCAACAAUUGAGGAAUUUGAAUGCGGCUCCUAUUGGGACAAAGCAAUCAGAGUUGUUAUUUCGGGAAAUAAUGGAAUUCCAGAGUGGAUAAGCCAGCAAAAAAAAGGAUCUCAAAUAACAAUAGAGCUUCCUAUGGAUUGGUACAGAAAAGAUGACUUCUUAGGAUUUGCUUUAUACUCUGCUUUUAUUCCUAUGGCUUGUGAUGGGUUGAAUUGCGAACUCAAUAUCUGUGGUGAUCAAUCUGAAUGCUGUCACGUGGAUGAUGUCCGGUUUUAUUGCUGCGAAAUUUGUGGUGAAUCAAGUCAAAUGUGUGUGACUUAUUAUCCCAAGGUGGCUAUUGACAACCAGUAUUGGUCAAACGAAUGGAGACGUUUGAAGGCUUCAUUUCGUAGCUUUGACGGUACACCAGUCGAAGUGAAAGAGUGGGGGUUCCAUCUUAUAUGUACAGGUGAUGUUAUCAACAGAAACAUCCCAGAAGAUACCAGUACUGAUGCUCAGAGAAGCUGUGACAACACAGAAGCGACCAAGCGGGACCAUCAGACAAUGAUAGAGUACAAUGAUGAGCAGAGAAGUUGUGAUACCAGAUCAGCAGCAGAAGAUACUAAUUCUAAUGCACAAACAAGCAAUGACUACACAGUGCACUAAAAGGUUAAGAUUAAUUCAGAGAAAUUAUGAUGUAAUAUUAUACGAGCUUUUGUUACGAAGGUAGAUAGUUGUGAAGGCUCUUUGCGAAACUAAUAAAAUAGCCUUUAAUCUUCUAUAUCUAUAGGCAUGGUUAGCACCAAAUUGUAGCUUAAGAAAUCAUAUGGUCACGAUGCUUUAUUUGAGCUGCUAGCUGGUACAACUGUAACUGGGUUUGCAAUCAUAUGUCCUCCUUGUUGGUGUCACUUUAUAACCACAACUAUAGGCUCAGCUUUUAGCCGUGGUUCUUCAAUGUUCGCCGCCAUGUAUAUGUCCGUGUAUAGCUACAGCUUAUGUAAUAACCCAAGUAUUGGCUAUGUUUGUGCGCCCUAUGGUCACGUUCAUUU